CCAAACCGAUCUCACAAUUCAUUCCAUUUCUAAAUUUUAUUUCAAUCAUUUCGCGAGUCGAAAGCUAUUCCACAAAAGAUUUCAAGUUUCUGAUCUCCAAACCAUGGUUGUUCCUCUCGGUCCAGGCAAGUUCUACGGCAGCAGUCUCCAUCGGCCGCGUAUCUAUACGUAGACCCAGUUCAACUCCGAACGCGUGGAUCCUCCGGUUCCGGUUCUUGAUCCGCUGCUGUCCUGGGCCAAUGAAGCGCAUUGGUCCAUGGGCGGUCUCAGUUUCAAGCGUCUCCGUCUCCAAGGGCGGAUCGAAGGCAACGUUAAGAGACUGAAAGCCCAGCGCGAGAAGCUCCUUGACGACAAGGAUGAUGAUCUGAUUCUUAAUAAAAUCAAUAGGGAUGCUUCGGUGUUCCCCCCUCCUGCUCCACUCGCCGUCAAGAGGAAGAGAUUCUUCGACCUUAAUGACGAUGGCGAUGAGAUGGUGGUGAAGAGAGAAACGAAGAUGACAUCUACGUCGAGGAAAGGUGCUGUGAGGAAAUUGGGAUAUGAUUUUGAGAGAGUGGCCGAUGAUAAUGACAGCGGUAAAACGAGUAAAGAGAGGAGUUUCAAUGAUGGCAUCGGCAAUGAUGUGAUGAAGAUUGUGGAGGUGGUUAAUGUUGAGUCCGAAGUGAUGAAGAAGAAGAAAGACGAGUUGCAGCCGAGUGAAACAGAGACAAGAACAAGGUGUUCUCCGAGAUUGGCAAAGCGUGGUUGAUAAAUACAUCCUAAUUUUACUUAUGUUUAGUCUCAGAGGCGUUCAUCAAUGGUGAAGCAGCUCGAAAAUGCUAAUCUUCAUAUGUGAUCCCUCCUUGAUUUGUAAACUUUGC